UUUUGACCGAGACUCGACAACAUUGGUCCCUUUGGGGGAAUUGGUCAUGGUUUUCCCCCCUGAAUAGCAGAAGCUGGUGGUUCAUUGGUGUCCAACACGGUUUUCUCUUCAAGAUGGCAGACGCUGAGAAUUUCGUCUCCCAACUCCCCCAGCCCACCCGCUAUGGGCUUCCUUCGCCGCAAAAACCUCUGGCAGAGGUCACAGCGUCGGCAACCAACUCCCGCAGUGCCAUGCCGCCUCCCAUAUUCACAAGCCACAAGCGGCAGGGCUCCAAUUUACCCGAGCCGACUGCCAAAAGAAAGACACUUGCCGAACGCGCUGGCGAACCCGUCAGAACAAUGGUUGCGGCUCCAAAGACCAGUGCUACGACAAGUGCUGGACUCGUGUCCGCCUUCCACUCACGGAAACCUUCUGUAUUCUCUCAAUCCUACCGGAGCAACUCCAGAAGCACCUCAAACUCUUCGGCGGCGUCCCAUUUCUCGGCCAGUGUGGGAACUGGUAUUCGACCGCCUACAAUUCACCCAACAUCAAACCUCGCCCGCCCGAAAUCAUCCCUCGCAAAAGACAGAGGAACAAGGAUGGCCGACUCGAGGCCUGCUACAUCACUAGGAACCCGUGGAAGGAAUCAGGAUGGUCCCAAUAAUAAAUUGGCGUGGGACCCCGAAGAACAAUAUGGCAACAUCGAGAGAAUGUAUGAAGAUGUUUGCAAACAUUACAAAGAAGCCAUGGAAGACAACAUGGAAGCCAAAGAGAUCAACAACACUUACAAGUCCACCAUUGCGAACCUCGAGCAAGAUCGGAGAGAUGCCACCGAAGCCAUGAUCGCACUCAGGUGUGAACUUGAAACCACAAAAUACCGCCUAGAAUCUGCCGAACAUGGAAUGCACGACCUCAAACGAGACCAGGAAGCAGAAAUUGAAAGCAUCAAACUUCAACACAAAACAGAAGUCGAUUGUGUCCGCCAAUCCCACCGAGACGAUAUGGAGCAUUUGAAGGCGGACCACAGAGAAGAGAUCCGCGAGUUGAAGAAACGACUAGAAGACGAACUCGAAUACGAACGUGCGCAAAGGAUCCAGGCAUUGAGCCAGGUGUCCACACAGGGAGCUCUUGAGAAACAACGACACCAGAUGGAUCUCGAAUCGAAAGAACACGAAAUACGGAGUUUCCAUCUGGAGAUUGAUCGACUCAAGGCGGAUCUUGAGAGAGAGAAGCUCCUCAACGACGAUCUCCGCCGCAACCUGUCCACCGCGGGAGACAACGCAAUGAGCAUGGAAAGUGCCCGCCAGGCUCUACAGGCCAAGAUUGAGUACCUGGAAUCAGACAGCAAAUCUCAGUCAGAAGCGUAUGCCGCGAUGGAGAGAAGAAUGAAUGAAGCCUUGGAGAAGGCGACAGAAUGUGAAGAGAAGCUAAGGAAGGAAGAAAUCCUUCGACGCAAACUGCACAACCAAGUGCAAGAGUUGAAAGGCAACAUUCGAGUCUUCUGCCGUGUCCGACCCACCAACGAAAGUGAAGGAGCCGAAGAGACGGCAAAGAUCACAUUCCCCGAGUCGGACGAAGAAGUCAGAGACAUUGAAAUCAAAGGAGCAGAGGAAACCAACAGCCUCGGAAAAGUGACGACAAAGACACAUCAGUUCACAUUCGAUCGAGUCUUUGAUCCGUCCAGCAGCAACGCGGAAAUCUUUGAGGAAAUCAGCCAACUCAUACAGUCCGCGCUGGACGGUUACAACGUCUGCAUCUUUGCCUACGGGCAAACCGGCUCUGGAAAGACGUUUACCAUGUCUUCUGAAGACGGCAUGAUUCCACGAGCCCUACGACAGAUAUACGCUACAAGCAAAGAGCUAGAAGCGCGAGGUUGGAAAUACACCAUGGAAGGCAGCUUUGUUGAAGUAUACAACGAAGAGCUGCGAGAUCUCCUGGGGAAAGACUCCGACAACAACAAUAAGAAACAUCAAAUUCUUCACGACAGCGCAACAUGUGAAACCACAAUCACCGACGUGACCACGGUCAAUCUGGACAGCCAAGAUCAAGUCGAAGGCAUCCUUGCGCAAGCGAUGUCCCGUCGCUCAGUGGCCGCCACAAAAGCCAACGAACGCAGUUCUCGAAGCCACUCCGUCUUCAUCCUCAAACUCGCAGGCUUUAACACGGUGACGGGCCAGAAGAGUAAAGGCACGCUAAACCUGGUCGAUCUCGCCGGAUCAGAAAGACUGUCUCAUUCCAAGGUCGAAGGCGCACGAUUGAGGGAGACGCAAAACAUUAAUAAGUCGCUUUCUUGCUUAGGCGACGUUAUUGGGGCACUAGGCCAGCAGCAGGUCAAUGGCUCGUUGAACUCUAGAGAGAGUGGCAACAGUGUUGGAUCCAACUCCUCAUCGUCUGCCACAGGAGCAGGCGGAAUACACAUCCCCUACAGAAACAGCAAGCUCACCUAUCUGUUACAGUACAGUCUGGGUGGGAACAGCAAGACACUGAUGUUCGUCAUGGUGGCACCAGAAAAGAAGUGCCUUGCAGAGACGAUCACGAGUCUGAAGUUUGCCGACAAAGUAUCGAAGACGAAGAUUGGAGUGGCGAAGAAGACGGCAGGAGGGAAGUGAGGGCGAGAUUGUCUGGUUUUGCGUCUUUGUCAUGUGUUGUAUCGGUUUUUCAAGCAAGCGGUUCUGACCACGGAUGGAAUAUCGACCUGACGACCCAAUACAUUUCACGUCAUGAGGGGAAAAUGUGCGGCGUUCUGGCUUCUAUGACUAUGGGAUUUUCGGAGGGCUAUUCAAUCGUUGAUCGGCGGACUGGUGGAGAUGCAUUGUCCAAUGUUACAAUUCUGCUUUGGGAUUGACGAGAGGUUGGAUUGAGUUGGGUCGAGUUGGGUUGGAUAGGACGCAUCAUGGUUGGGAUUGUGUUUGUAUACAGAAAUGACAGACUCGAAUGGAACAAUCUUUCAAUGAGAAGCGGUUGGUUUGGAGUUUCGUUCCUCUGAGCUUGUCGUCGC